CUGCCCUGCCUGGCGUCUCUGGGUCCAUGUCGGUAUGCUGAGUUCCACCAUUCACACUGCCAUGGGUUUCCUGCUGGCCUUGUGGCUGGCCGUGACUUCCCUUCAGCUUGCGAAGACACAAGAGGACAAGAGCUGGGUGGAGGAGGAAGACAUCUUGGUGCUGAACCAGCACAAUUUUGCCAGGGCUUUGCAGACAUAUAAGCUGCUCUUGGUGGAAUUCUACGUCCCCUGGUCAGGACAUUGCCAGGCCCUGGCCCAGGAGUUUGCCAGAGCAGCUGUGUUGCUAAAAAAGGAGGCAGGUCCCCUAGCGAGACUGGGCAAGGUGGACUGCACCCAGGAGGAGGCAUUGAGGGCAGAGUUUGGAAUCACUGGCUACCCUGUCCUCAAACUCUUCAAAGAUGGAAACCGCACCCAUCCCAUGGAUUUUCCAGAUGAGCAAGAGGCUGCAGGCAUAGUGGAGUGGCUAAAACGGAAAGCCGGGCCCAGUCUGGUGCUACUCGAAGAAGUUGAUGCAGUCGCUAGUUUUGUGAAUCUCCACAAUGUUGCGGUAGUUGGAUUCUUCCAGGAUUUGCAGGAUCCAGAUGUGGGUCUCUUUGCUGAUGUAGCCAGUGACACUCCUGAGGUAGCCUUUGCCAUCACGGACAACCUGCUGCUCUUUGAACAGUACAAUAUUACUGAGGAUACCAUUUCUCUCUUCCGGAAGGAUGAUGGCCAGCGGGUAGAUUUCUUCGCUGACACAGAGCUAGGCCUGGAUGCAAAGGACCUGGCUCAAUUCAUCUCUGUGCAGAGUCUAGACCUGGUGAUGGAGCUCACAAAUAAGAACUCCUCCAAGAUAUUUGGGGCAAAGAUCCCAAAUCAUUUGCUGCUCUUUAUCAACAAGUCAGUGGAUUCCCAGUUAAGGCUCCUGGGCCCUUUUCGAGAGGGGGCCACUGCAUUUCGGGGUCAGCCAGGGGGAGAGGAAACACAACUGGCUGUGAUGAAAAGGCCACCAGGGCAAAUAUGCACCCAUCAUCUGUGGCUGGGGGGCUUCUGUCUGAGACUACAGGUGCUUUUUGUGCUGGUGGAUGUCAAUGGGGAAGGGGCUGGCGUAUUACAGCACUUCGGUCUUAAGGUCUACGAUGCUCCCGCCCUCCGUUUCAUCAAUAUUGAGGCCAACAAAAAAUACCGGCUAACCACAGAAGGGCUCACAGCACACGGUCUCCACACCUUUUGUCAAGAGGUUUUGCAGGGGAAAAUUCAGCCCCAUCUGAUGAGCGAGGAGAUCCCCAGUGACUGGGAUAAGAAGUGGGUGAAAGUCGUGGUGGGCAAGAAUUUUGAGCAAGUUGCAUUUGAUGAAACCAAAAACGUGUUUGUGAAAUUCUAUGCCUCUUGGUGUCCCCACUCCAAGGCACUGGCCCCGGCCUGGGAAAAGUUAGGAGAGAAAUACAAAGAUCACAAGAAUAUUGUCAUUGCAGAGAUGGAUGCCACAGCCAACGAAGUGGAAGACCUGACCAUCCAUGGCUACCCAACCCUGUACUUCUUUCCCGCUGGGCCAGGCCGGCAGAUGAUUGAGUACACGGGUAGCAGAGAUACUGAGAGCUUCUCGAGAUUUCUGGAGGGAGGAGGGAAGCCCCUCUCCAACAAAGAGACUGGAGCUGCUGAGACCCUCAAAGAGCCACAGCAGGAUGGGAUGAAUCCACCAGAGACCACAGAGUCCAGGGAGGAGUUAUAAAUCCUGCUGGCUCUUCCUGAGCCUCACUUUCUACAGGAGGCCCCCACAGCAUCAUAAACAAUAUAAAGACCUUGACUGUCAAAA